AUGCCAAAGGUGAGCUAGUGAUUUUGGGUGUUUGACCGCGAUGGUAAACAGUAAACUGACACAAGAUGGAACUUGUAAAACACUACCGCGAAGGAUUACUGUUUUUUGGGCCAAAAGUGCAGUGCAUUUGGUGGAGAAACAGUGUAGGAAAGGUGGGAGAGUUGUUUAAUCGAAGUAACCAACUAAUUGCCCACAUUUUUUUGCGUUUCUUUUCGGAAAAUCAGUUUAGUUCUAUGAUAUAACUUUCAUUUGGGUCAGUUGACCAUGUCGCUAAAACAAGUAAGUUCUUUUGGUUCUUUUUCAGACAAAGCGUGACUUGAACUCUCCGAUUUUUCAGCUAUUUUCCGAUCGUCCGCCUUUGAAUGCAGUGCUUCAAGAAAAAGCACAAAAACUACGGUAUUCGUGCUCGCCGAGCAAAUGCCUGCACUCCCUCCUAUCAUUCUUACCGAUUAUUACCUGGCUUCCAAAGUAUGACUGGUCACACUCAUUCUUCGGAGAUUUAUCGGGAGGCCUGACAAUGGCUGUCUUCUCGGUACCACAAGGUAACAUCGAAAAGUUUCAAUUGUAUACCACAAUUUGAAUUUUGACUUCAGGUAUCGCAUUAGCAAGUAUCACAGGGGUUCCACCAGUCUACGGGUUAUACACGGCUAUCUUCCCCUCAUUUCUCUAUAUCUUUUUUGGGACUUCGAAACAUAAUGCGCUCGGUAAACCGCCGUCAAGAUCUUUGUUCGGUCAACGGGCAACCGUUUGUGUUUCUAGGUGGCUUUGCAGUCCUCUCACUCAUGACCCACGGCGCUAUCGAGAAGGUGAUGCUGCGGACGGCGACGAGUUACAAUGCGACGGCAUAUGUGAAUCACACUCUCGACGAACUUAUCGAUAUGGACAAUGAUACCAUCAUCAGUAAUACUACACUUAUGCAGUACGGGCAACUUGAACAGAAAAGCGAAACUAGAGAAGUUUUAUUCCAGAAUCCUUGGAAACGAAACGUCAUUUGUUGAGGAGGUCACUAUGGAAAUGUGGACGGACGGUGUGACCCCGGUGAAGCAGAUCCACGUGGCAACUACUAUUAUCUUCUUAGCUGGUGUUAUCCAGGUUUGAAUGUUCGGAAAAAUCAAUCUAACAAAAGGUGUUCUCAGGUGUUUAUGGGAGUAUUUCGUCUACAAUACCUAACAUCUCUGUUCUCUGAGCAGGUCAUGUCAGGAUUCGUAGUUGGCGGUGGAAUUCACGUCUUUUUUGCUCAAAUUGGUGAAGUUCUUGGUAUACGUCUGCCAAGACGUUCCGGACCUGGAUACCUUUACUAUGUACGUCAAAUCACCUGGACUUAAGAAAGUAUACAUACAUUUUGCUUUCAGAGAAUCUGGGACCUCAUAGAUAACCUUCAUAGCGUUCACAUUCCAACAUUAUCAAUCUCAGCCUCAUCGUUCCUCUUCUUAGUGUUCGGAAAGGAGUACUUGGCCCCAUGGCUGAGUUCAGCUUUCCAUUACCCAGUUCCAUUUGAGCUGGUACUGGUGAGAAACAGAAUCAUCGAGUCAAUAUUGUCUUUUGUGCUCAUUCAGGUGGUCGUCGGUAUUACUGCAACUAAUUACGCGGAACUUUCUCGCCGGCAUGACGUGAAAGUUGUCGGGAAUAUCCCCACCGAGUAGGUUUUCUCUUUUUUGAUGUUGUUCCUAUUUGAAAUUGAAUGACUCAUUAUUUGACAUACAGAUUUCCGCCGCCAUCGCUCCCAAGAUUUGAUUUGAUCCGACACAUUGGCCUCAACGCAGCUGCCAUCGCCAUCACAGCUGUGGCCAUUCAUAUUACGGUCGCCAAAGUAGUGGAGAAGAGGUACAAGUACAAAAUCAACCAUGGACAGGUACCGUAACCCGAUUUUUUUUUCACAUUCUCACCAAAAAAUGUCUUGACAGGAACUGUACGCCCUUGGAUUUGUCGGAGUAUUAUCCUCAUUCUUCCCAGUGUUCCCAGUAACGUCAGGUUUUGCUCGAAGUGUAGUUGGAGCCGCCGUCGGAGGAUCCACUCAACUCACAUGUCUUUUCUCCUCCUUGGCCCUCUUGUCGGUCAUUCUGUACAUUGGACCCGCUCUCGAAUACCUACCACAAUGCAUUCUGGCCACUAUGAUCAUAUUUGCGCAGAAGGGAAUGCUGGAAAAGUUUGGUGAACUAAAAAGUUUAUGGCCAGUUUUUAAGAUUGACUUUGUACGUUUUGAAAAACUGCUAUUAUAAUAAUAGUUUUUUGAAUUCAGGCGAUUUGGCUCAUGAGCUUCUUCCUGACUGUCUGUUACGAUAUGGGAGAGGGUCUCCUAAUGGCUAUUGGCUUUGCGGUCCUCACCACAAUCAUCAGAACUCAACGGCCUAAAUGGCAUUUUCUAUCCCGUGACGAUGAGACCGAUCAUUUUAAGGAAACGAAAAAGCGAGACCUGGAACGCAUUCAAGGCAACGUUUGCAUUUUCCGAAUGGACGCACCGUUGAUUUUUACGAGCAGCGACAGAUUUACAAUGGUAUGCGUUAAAAUCGGUCCCCCCCCCCCUUCUCAAAAAUGUGAUAUUCGUACAAUUUUCCACACCAAUUCCCCGUCCCUCUAGAAUAUUUAUUUGUUGUUUGCAGUCCGUUUGGCAAUGCGUCAAAAAAUGGGAACGAUGCAAAUCCGAAUCGUUUGUGACAAUUGAGCAGAUGAAUUCUGACAGAAGUGCUGAUAUUUUUGACUCGGUACGAAAGGGUGAUUGCUUGAUGGACAUGUUUUUCGGUUUCUUGCAGAAACUCAAAGCAGCUCGACGACGUUGGAAGAGAGAUCAGAAAUCUGAUAGUCGAUGCAAGUUGGUCAUUGAUUGUGACGGAUUUCCAUACGUUGAUUAUCUGGGGCUUUCGACUCUGAAAACAGUUUACGCGGACUUGUCAGCUGCCGGAGUUCAUUGCUUUUUUGUUGUUCAGAAAUCAGAACUGAAACGUCUGUUCCGUGCCACUGACUUUUACGAGGUCGUCGACGAGUCCAGGGUGUUCAAUAAAGUGGCAGAUGCAGUGAAAGCCGCGGAGCAACUGAUUUCGUGA